UUCAUCACUGUUAAAUUUCCACCCUCAGCGAAAAAAAAAAUGGCGAUGAGAUCUGUCGUUUCAUUCAGUGGACUCCGUCGUUUAACGGAAGGUGCUAAUGUAGCUCUCCGAUCAUCGGUUUCCGGCCUCCGACACUUCAGUGACGGAAAAAUCCUCGGUGAAGAAGAACGUGCUCAAGAGAACAUUUACAUUCAGAAAAUGGAAAGGGAGAGGUUGGAGAAGGCAAAGCAGAAGGCAGAGCGAGAGAAAGCUGAGAAAGAGAAGGCCGAUAAGAAGGCUGGAGAAGGGGCUAACAAGAGCUGAAUUGACAUCUCAAACUCUUCCUUUCAAGUUACUUUUGACAAAUAAAUGGAUAAUGACUUUGUGUUGCUCUUGAUACUGUUGGAUCUUGUACAAAGUAUUUCGUAGUUAUUAUCCUCCAUGCUCUUCUUCCUUGAAGUUUUCUUUUCUGAGACUGUAAAACACAUUUGGUUCGAGAAUCGAAUAUCAUCUUGUUUGGGACCA